CAGGCUUGGAGAGCCCAUUUUGCGCUGAAGAGGAGCACCGAGAAGCCAAAGCGAAGCGCUAGGGUUUCGGAAGAAGCUGCGACGAUGGCGACUGGAACUGCGAGGACUCUGACGACGAAGGAGGCCGAUAUCCAGAUGAUGUUGGCCGCCGAAGUCCAUCUCGGCACCAAGAACUGCGACUUCCAGAUGGAACGCUACGUCUUCAAGCGCCGCAACGACGGAAUUUACAUAAUUAACCUUGGGAAAACAUGGGAGAAGCUUCAGAUGGCUGCCAGACUUAUUGUUGCUAUUGAGAACCCCCAAGACAUAAUUGUCCAGUCUGCUAGGCCCUAUGGUCAGCGAGCAGUCUUGAAGUUUGCACAGUACACUGGUGCUCAUGCAAUUGCUGGUCGUCAUACACCCGGAACAUUUACUAAUCAGCUCCAGACUUCAUUCAGUGAGCCUCGUCUUUUGAUCCUCACUGACCCGAGAACUGAUCACCAGCCUAUUAAAGAAGCUGCUCUGGGAAAUAUUCCAACCAUUGCUUUCUGUGACACUGACUCCCCAAUGCGGUAUGUUGAUAUUGGCAUCCCUGCUAAUAACAAGGGGAAGCACAGCAUUGGCUGUCUGUUCUGGCUGCUUGCAAGGAUGGUUCUGCAAAUGCGCAACACAAUUCCGCAAGGACAUAAAUGGGACGUGAUGGUUGAUUUAUUUUUCUACCGGGAGCCUGAGGAAACAAAGGCACAAGAAGAAGAGGAGGCACCUGCUGUCCCAGAUUAUGGAGAUUUUAGCACAGCUCCAUUAGGUGGUAUCGGCGAUCAAUGGGGUAGCCAAAUUACAGAAGCCCAGUGGGCUAGUGAUGCAGUUGCCCCUCCUGCCAUUCCUGCAGUUCCAACUGCCACUGGUUGGACUUCAGAUGCAGGGCCAGUUCCUGCUGAUGGUUGGGAUGCCGCAGCUCCUCCUCCAGUUCCCGGGCCAGUGCCAGUGCCCGUGCCCGUGCCCCCGCCAGAAGCUGGUGGAUUGGGUGGUGGUUGGGAAUGAGCGUAGCUAAGAACUUUUACUUCAGCUUUGUUCUAAACUAUUUUAGGAUUUAUGUUAUUUUCUGGUUGCUUAUAAUUUUGUCAUUGGUUCAAGGGAUUUUUUUGAAAGUUUUUGUUGUAGUUCAUGAGUAAGCCCUAUAAAAUUUCGAGAUAUGUAUGAUUGUGCUUUGUUUUGUCA